GAGAGGAACAGAGAGAGACUUGGCACCUCGUCAUCUAAGAAAGAGCGCGGUCCUCGCGGGCACUGCUGGGCACGGAAUCGUUCAUGUCUCUCAACUUUGGGGAUCAGACCUUCGGGCUGCGUGAGAUGGAUGACAUGAUCACGCAGCACCACGUUGGGAACGGGCACCAGGGCCUGGACGGACCCGUCGCAGAUGGAGGCGUAGUAGCCGCAGGGGAACCGUUGGGUGAUGAGAAGGCCUUGCUCAAUGGGGUAGCGAGGACGGCGGCUGCGGAGCAACAGAAACACGAGCUGCUGCCUCCUGCGCCCCAGGCACCGUCCUCCUGGGCCUCCAAAGUUCGGGCGGGGAUAGGCUCGGAGAGCAGUCCGACCCUCUCGGGGAACGGGGGCGGUAGUGGCGGAGUCGGCGGCGGCGGCGGCGGUGGCGGCGGCGACGGCAUGGGGCCAUCGGGGGGCGGCGGCGAUGCCUUGGGAGCGAUCGUGCCGGGAGAUUUGGAUCCCGGGGUCGGGGAAGGGAUCCGAGGGCUGCCGCACGGCAUCGGACACCUGGGACCGCUUGCGUCGAGCUUGGGCGGCGGGGCGAUGGGCCCCGUGCACGGCUUAGACAUGGAGGGAGGCAUGCCGGGAAGAGCUUUGAUGACGCCCUCUGCCCCUGCGCGAGGUUCGGGGGUGGUGCAGGGCUUGGUAGGGGCAAGCUUGGGCAACGGGGGCCAAGCCAUCGGGCUAGAAGGCGGGGGCGGGGCGAACGGGAGCGGUGCCUUGACGGAGGACUUCGCAGGGCUAGAGAUCGGGGGCGGAGGGUCGGCGUUGGGAGCGCGGGGCACGGGCACGGGGGAGGCACAGAAGGGGUUCGAUGCUUCCAAGGACGAGCUUCUCGGGGACUUCCCGUGCGUUCGGCUGCGGGGGCUUGCAGCCGAUACGUCCGUGAAAGACAUCCUCGACUUUUUCGUCGGUCUUGGGCCCGUUUUGGACAUCGUGCUCGAGGGUGGGGCAGCGGGCGAAGAAGUCGGGGCAAUCACCCUCUUCGGGACUCUGAUGGACUACCACGGGGCUCUGCAGCGGUACUCUCUGCAGAUCAAGGGUCGCUACAUCGAGGUGGCGCCUGCGAUACGGGCGGAUUACUACUCGGCUGUUAUCAAGAGGUCGGCGGAGGGCGCCGCCGAGGUUUCGCCGACGACACCCGCGGGGGUAGGGGGGGGAGGAGAGCAGGACGGAGACCCUGCCGUGCAAGGCCAGAAUGGGACUGCCGUGCACCAGUCGGACAUAGCCUUGGCGAUGGGGAGCGCCAAGGCUCCGGGGCCAGCCACCGCUGCAGUGCGAGCCCCGCAGCAGGGGGCGCAUUUGCCCGAGGCCGCUGGCGGCGCCGCGGCGGGUGGUGCGAAGGGCUUCACGGGGCAGCCGGCGGCGGGAGUGCCGCCGGCUGGAACGUUAGCUUCGGGGGCUCAAAGUCCAGCGAAAGCGGGGGCGCAAUCGGGGGGGGUCGCGGGGGCAGGCACGGGAACGGCGGCGGGGGGGAGUGGGGGCUCGGGGACGCGGAAAGGGGGGGUUAAGGCGGCGACGCACGGGCCCCCCGCGGCCCCCGCCAAAACGAAGGGAUCGGCGGGAGACGCGAAGGGGACGGUGAUUCGCAUGAGGGGGCUACCAUACCGCGCGAGCAAGUCGGAGGUGAUGUGCUUCUUCAAGGGGUGUUCCAUCCCGGAGGAAGGCGUCGCCUUCGUGACCCGGGCGGACGGGCGGGUGACGGGAGAGGCGUAUGUGCGGUUUGCUACGCGCGAGGACGCCAAGAUGGGGCUCCGCAAGGACCGCGAGAUGAUAGGGUCGCGCUACAUCGAGCUGUUUACGUCUUCGCCCGAGGAGAUGGCCCGGUACGCGAACAGCAAGCGGUAGGGUUGACGUGAGCCGGUGGCGAGCGAUUCGCCGAUGCAUUCGGACCGGAUCGGGUCGGAGAUGGACGAAGUGGGUGGCGAACGUGUACAUGAGAGGAAGCUCAAAGAGAAUGGCCCGUCCUCGCGUGAGAGGCUGGCGGGAAAGCAAUCAGGACAAAACAAGUGUGUGCUGAGUGGAAAAACACGUGGG